CUUCCUUAACUCUCACUCUGCCAGUUCCUCAACCAUCCGCAGCUCUCUGCUCUCAUUGACGAGAAUGACGAGGAGGUUUUCAACUACAUGAUGAGGCUGGAGGUCGAAGAAUUCGAAGACAUCAAGUCGGGCUACAGAAUUAAGUUCCAUUUCGGAGAAAACCCUUACUUUGAGAACAGCCUGAUCAUCAAAGAAUUCCACCUGGGAACCGGAGGGAAGCCGGUGUCCCAGUCCACCCCCAUCAAAUGGAAGAAGGGGAUGGAUCUGACAGCGUUGGGCAAAGGCCUGGAUGAGAAAGGCCGCAAGCGAGGCCAUCGCAGCUUCUUCGCCUGGUUCACCGAGCACCGGAACCCCACCACUGAUGAGAUUGCUGAGGUUCUAAAGGACGACAUGUGGCCAAACCCUCUGCAGUACUUCCUGAUCGCUGAGAGCGAGAGUGGGGAAAAUGGGCUGGAUGACAGUGAUGAAGAGAACGGGGAUGACUCGGUGGUGAUUGUGGAUGAGGACGAAGAUGAGGACAACGAAGAUGAGGACGACGACGUGCAGGAGAUAGUCGAUGAGGAUGACGAUGACGAGGACGACGGGUCGGACGAUGAGGGCGAUGACGACGUGCAGGAGAUUGACGACGGGGAGGAGGUUGAAGAGGAAGGAGUCGAGGUGGAAGAGGAGGAGGAGGAGGAGGAGGAUGGGGGACCGACGGAAGGGGGCGACGGUUAAAAGUGUUUCCUCUCCUUCCACACCACACCCCCCACCCCACCCCCAAAACAAAGUUUGUUAAUAAAACGGGUGCAUUUGCCAGGGUGCGAGCGAGAGUGAAUGUGUGUGUGUGAAACCGAGUGAGGGAGUGAAUGUGUUUCUGGAGCAGAGCAGCAACCCCAGGGCUAUUCAGUGCUUGGCCUAAUCCCCUUCGCCCUCCUUUGUUCUUUUUCUUUAACGUCUCCUCCCGGCUCAGUUUCUCCCCUGCACCCUGGAUCACUGUGCAGCAGGGUGCCCCCCCCCCCCCCAUCGCAGCACCACGGGGCACCGAGAUGUUUUGACCUGUGUCCCACCACCAUAAUGCCGUGCUCUCCCAGUGGUUGACGGGUGUGGGGGGGGUACCUAGAUUACUGAUUGCUCGUUGGCAGCCUCCUCUCGGGUGGGAUUCCUUUGGAGGGAGGCUGGGGUUGAGGAGAAUGUGGUGGGCGUGGGGGGGGGGGCGGCUGGUCCUUUGCUCCGAAUCUGAAAGCUGCCAGCCUCCCCCACCCAAGAAGCUGUUUUUGCCCAGCCCCUUGUCAGCUGUAGACCAGAAGGUGAUGGGUUUUGAACCCUCCUCUCCUGGCUGACCUGUCGCUAUAACCCACUUGUAUUUCCACAGCCUGGUACGGGCCCACGGGUUGCUCCUGUCCUGAGUGGGUGCACGUGUGCGGUUUUGUGCAUGUGUUGUGUGUGUGCGUGUUUUCAUUGCAACGUUUUUUUCUACAAAAUGUAUGUACGUAUGUAUAUAAAUGACAGUAGAUA